ACUUUGUAUUUUAAUUAAUUCAGUCCAAGUCUCGCGGUGUUACCUUUCAGACAUCUUGCAUUUUUUGGACUGUGAAAGACAUACAUUUGGGAGUCCACAGACCAUCUUGAAUAAUUUCUCCCUCUUUUUUUCUUUCUAUUAUUCAAGGAGUUCCUUUUUUUUUCUUUUGUUUUACAGAUUAACGGAUUUUGCUAGGCGCCGCUAACGGGACGCUCGCUCAUGAACUCGUAAGAGCGCCUGCGGGUUUCGUCGCCAUAUCAGCGCAUCUCCCUUUGCCUUUUUUUCCUUUCCUUUUUUUCAAUAUCGAGACGACAUGGCAACCCCCGCUGCUGUUAAUCCAUCGGAGAUGGCUACAGACAUUCCGGGAGCUGGUGCACUGCCUGGAGCAGCUGUGGCAGCCGGGCAGGUGAGAAUGGCAGGUGCCAUGCCAGCUCGAGGUGGGAAAAGGAGAUCUGGAGGGAUGGACUUUGAUGAUGAAGACGGGGAAGGACCGAGCAAAUUUUCAAGAGAAAAUCACAGUGAGAUCGAAAGAAGACGCAGAAACAAGAUGACUCAGUAUAUCACCGAGCUGUCCGACAUGGUGCCAACCUGCAGCGCCCUGGCACGAAAGCCGGAUAAGCUGACUAUCCUGCGAAUGGCUGUCUCCCACAUGAAAUCCAUGAGAGGUACGGGGAAUACGUCCACGGAUGGGGCGUACAAGCCUUCCUUCUUAACGGAGCAGGAGCUCAAGCAUUUGAUCUUGGAGGCGGCUGACGGCUUUCUCUUCGUGGUGGCGGCCGAGACGGGCAGAGUGAUCUACGUGUCGGAUUCCGUGACCCCCGUACUCAAUCAUCCUCAGUCUGAAUGGUUCGGAAGCACCCUGUACGAGCAGGUCCAUCCAGAUGAUGUGGAGAAACUGCGGGAGCAGCUGAGCACCUCGGAAAACUCAAUGACCGGACGCAUUCUGGACCUAAAGACUGGGACGGUCAAAAAGGAAGGGCAACAGUCGUCAAUGCGAAUGUGCAUGGGAUCCCGGCGCUCCUUCAUUUGUAGAAUGAGGUGUGGCACUGCCCCCAUGGACCACAUCUCCUUGAAUCGGCUCUCCAGCAUGAGGAAGAGAUACCGAAAUGGCUUAGGACCUUCAAAGGAAGGAGAAGCCCAAUAUUCUGUUGUCCACUGCACGGGAUACAUCAAAGCCUGGCCACCUGCAGGAAUGGUUAUUCCCGAUGAAGACACUGAAGCUGGCCAGACCAGUAAAUAUUGCCUCGUCGCAAUUGGGAGAAUGCAGGUCACCAGCUCACCCAUGUCGAUGGAUUUGAAUGGACUCUCUAUCCCAACUGAGUUUCUUUCUCGGCACAGUUCUGAUGGCAUCAUCACCUUUGUGGAUCCGCGGUGCAUCAACGUGAUUGGCUACCAGCCCCAGGAUCUGCUUGGAAAAGACAUCUUGGAGUUUUGCCAUCCUGAAGAUCAGAGCCAUCUGAGAGAGAGUUUUCAGCAGGUGGUCAAGCUGAAGGGCCAAGUCCUCUCCGUGAUGUAUCGCUUCCGCACGAAAAGUCGAGAGUGGAUGCUCAUCAGGACGAGCAGCUUCACCUUCCAAAACCCUUACUCCGAUGAGAUCGAGUACAUCAUCUGCACCAACACGAAUGUCAAGCAGUUGCAGCAACAGCAGCAAGCAGAGCUUGAAGUCCAUCAGAGAGAUGGCCUGCCGUCAUAUGAGCUGUCCCAGGUGCCUGUGCCAAAUGUUCCUACUGGUGUUCAUGAAACAGGGAAGACUAUUGACAAAACAGAAGCCAUGUUCUCGCAAGAAAGAGACCCGAGGUUUGCAGAUAUGUAUGCCGGAAUAGCAGCUACAGGUGACAAGAAAAUGAUGGCCUCAUCCUCAAAUGCAGGAAGCCAGCAACUUUAUUCUCAAGGCAGCCCGUUUCAGCCUGGACAUUCAGGAAAAAGUUUCAGUUCCUCAGUUAUCCACGUGCCAGGUGUGAAUGACAUUCAACCGUCAUCCUCUGCAGGAGGCCAGAAUUUGGCGCAGAUCUCCAGGCAGCUGAACCCGGGUCAGGUGCCCUGGACUGGAAGCCGCCCGCCGUUUUCGGGACAGCAAAUCCCUUCUCAGUCAGGGAAAGCACAGACAUCGCCGUUUGGCAUCGGAUCGAGUCACAGCUACCCUGCGGACCCAUCCUCUUACAGCCCCCUCUCCAGUCCUGCCACCUCCUCGCCCAGUGGGAACGCCUACUCCAGUUUAACCAAUCGGAACACGGCUUUUGAAGGUAGUCAAAGUGGAGGCCAGUUUCAAGGCCGGCCAUCAGAAGUGUGGUCCCAGUGGCAGAGCCAACACCACAGUCAGCAAGGAAGUGAACAGCAUGGUCACCAGCAGCAAAGCCAGACCGAGGUUUUCCAGGACAUGUUACCAAUGCCUGGGGACCCCACACAAGGGACAGCCAACUACAACAUUGAGGAUUUCGCCGACCUGGGCAUGUUCCCACCAUUCUCUGAAUGAAAGAGGACGUCCACUCCACAUCUCGUCUCGCUUAACCGGCCUCUUUUCGAGCUUCGAAUGCACUUGAGUCCAAGAACCCGCUGAGACCACCUGAACGCAUUUACUUUGUCUUGAGCCGAUGGAGAGGGGUUGCGGGGGUAAGAAUUGUGCCGAAUUUGACAAAGGAAGCGGUGCCAUGUGUGUGCCAUCGGUCUCUUCAGACCUGCCUGAGACUCUCUGUCUCUCUCUCUCCUAUGAAGGUGGGAGUAGAAGGUGAUGACGUGUCCCUCUUAUUGUUUGAGAAACUCUGGAGGAGGGGGGCCCCUCUGCCCAUGUCGAUAACGCUUGCCACCAGACCUUACUGCCUCAUCACGUUUAAAGCUGUACGCAACCACGGAGACUUUUCCUUUCGUGCCUAUUUCAAGCCGUGAAUGAGAUUUUUGCCGCCGAGCUUUGGUGUUCUCAGUAGAUGUAGAAAAACGCUGCAAACCCGCGCUAGUAGAGUGAGAAUAAGAAAAAGGUGAAAAGUGUGCAAUUAGAAGGAAAUGCGAUAAGGGAUCGAAUAUAUAACUGGACACUAACACCGGAGGGGAAGGGUGCACAUUUUUCGAAAAAUGUCAAAACUGUGAACUUCAGCCCAGCUAAAAUUCUUACAAUCAACAUGUCGUAAUUAAAUGUAUGUAGUGUAUGCGUCUUGAUAUUUCACACUGAGCUCUAAUCUGUGAAUGUAGUCGUUGAUUUCUUUUUUCCAGUAAUUUGUAAAUAUCAAACAUUUUUGUGAUAUAAACAUUUCCUUUCCUCCAUUGCUUUUGCAUCUCGUGCCGAAAACGCAGCCAGAGUUGCGCACAAUGUGAAUUAAUAGUUAACUAACGGUCUUUAGUUCUUCGGUCUGUUAACAUUAAAAUAUAUGUUUAGAAUCGUACGACAAAUGAUGUGUGAUAUGUGUGUCUGUAUUUUUUUUGUGUAACUUUAUAAAGGACAAUUGUGAAUGUGCCAAUAAAAUCUGAUUGCGUA